AAUUUCUCUUUUAGUACGAACCCCUACUUUGCUACUCUUCUCUUAUCAGUCAUCAACCACUACCUCUUUCUUCUCACUUUCCUCGCUCCCCCAUUUCCUGCUCCUUCGAUCAUUCGCAUUUUCACCUUCCUACUUUUUCAUCACUUCCUCAAUCUCAUUUUCUGUUGAGUCACUGUUGGGGCCUUCUGCUUCCAAACGGUCCCACCAUAAAUGGAAUCAGAGGAUGAGCUCGACAUGCACGAUGCCCAUGACGACGACGACGACUCUGUUGACAAUGAGGAGGACUUCUACAGUGGCGGCGACGACGAUGCUGCUGGCAUUGACAGUGACGAUGCUGAUGUCGGUGAUUAUGAGUUUGUUGAUAAUGAUUCCGACGAUUCCGACGACAUGGUUUCCUAUCGCCACCAGCAAAACUAUAUAAUCUUGGCCGAGGCAGAUAUUCAACAAUGUCAGGAGGAAGACAUCACGAGAGUAUCCACUGUUCUUUCUAUUUCAAAAGUAGCCGCUAGCAUCCUGCUCCGAUAUUAUAACUGGAGUGUCAGUAAAGUGCAUGAUGAAUGGUUUGCAGAUGAAGAAAAGGUUCGUAGAUCUGUUGGCUUACUACAAAAACCAGUGUUGCGACAUUCAAAUGAAUUAGAACUACCUUGUGGUAUAUGUUUUGAAAUCUAUCCACUUGAUAAGAUCCAGUCAGCUGCCUGUGGCCAUCCAUUUUGCAAUGCUUGUUGGACAGGUUACAUUAGCACAUCUAUCAAUGAUGGUCCAGGAUGUCUAAUGUUACGAUGUCCAGAUCCAUCCUGUGGUGCUGCUAUCGAUCAAGAUAUGAUAAAUCUAUUAGUUUCUGAAGACGACAAAAAAAAGUACUUUCGUUAUUUUGUUCGAUCCUACGUCGAAGACAAUCGGAAGACCAAAUGGUGCCCUGCUCCAGGAUGUGAUUAUGCUGUAGAUUUUAUAGUUGGAAGUGGAAGCUAUGAUGUUACUUGCAGAUGCUCCUAUAGCUUUUGCUGGAAUUGUACUGAGGAAGCUCAUCGUCCUGUUGAUUGUGUCACUGUAGCUAGAUGGAUAUUGAAGAAUAGUGCUGAGUCGGAAAAUAUGAACUGGAUAUUGGCAAAUUCCAAACCUUGUCCGAAGUGUAAACGACCAAUUGAGAAAAAUCAAGGAUGCAUGCAUCUUACUUGCACACCACCUUGUAAAUUUGAGUUCUGCUGGCUUUGCCUUGGUCCAUGGUCUGAUCAUGGAGAGAGGACAGGUGGAUUCUAUGCAUGUAAUCGCUAUGAAACUGCCAAGCAAGAGGGAGUGUAUGAUGAUGCAGAAAAGCGAAGAGAGAUGGCAAAGAAUUCUCUGGAGAGGUAUACACAUUAUUAUGAAAGAUGGGCUACCAACCAAUCGUCCAGGCAAAAGGCACUUGCAGAUCUCCAUCAAAUGCAGACCGUGCAUCUGGAAAAGUUAAGUGACAUUCAGUGCCAACCUCAAUCACAGCUAAAAUUCAUAAGCGAAGCAUGGCUACAGAUUGUUGAGUGUAGGCGAGUUCUUAAAUGGACAUAUGCCUAUGGAUAUUAUCUACCUGAGCGUGAACAUGCCAAGAGACAAUUCUUUGAAUACUUGCAAGGUGAGGCUGAGUCUGGGUUGGAACGACUCCACCAAUGUGCAGAAAAAGAGUUGCAUGCUUACUUAAAUGCUGCUGAUGGCCCAUCAAAAGAUUUUAAUGAGUUCCGUACCAAACUUGCUGGACUAACCAGUGUAACUCGAAAUUACUUCGAGAAUUUAGUUCGUGCACUUGAGAACGGUUUGUCGGAUGUUGAUUCACACGGUACCUGCAGCAAAACAGCAAGCUCAAAGAGUACUGGUGGCUGUAGGAGUAAAGGUGGAAAAGGCAAGAUGAGUGCAUUCAGAGGUAGCGGUUCGAGUCGAAACAUCGAUGAUACUGACCAUUGGUCUUGUGAACAUUGCACCUUUGCAAAUCUUAAGUCAGCUACAUUCUGCCAGAUGUGCCAACAACGGCGAUAACCAUAUUUGGCAGUUGGAAAUCCAACUUAGAUGAUGGCUUUUGGUUACUCCCAUCAUCUGUUCUUGCUGGUCGGAACGUCCUUAGAGCAUAAUUUGGCUUUCAGAAGGAAAUGACUCAUUUGUUGCAUUAUUUCAGGUCAUUGAAUUCUGCACUUGCACCAUUGGACCGAAGCAUGGGAGUGUUUGAGAAACUAAAUAUCAGCUGUAUAUAGUUCCUACUCUUUGAUUGCUUAUUUGUCAUUCAUAGCAUGUUAUAACAGUAUUCAUAUGCAUGUUUACUCGUCUGACCAUUUCUUGUGAUAGUAUAUUUUACAAAUACAUAAUACAUAUAAAUAUAUAAAUCUGAAUCGAGAAUUAGAGGCAACAGGCACUGAGUCAAUAAGGUGACAAUAUUAACUGUUGGAAGGAUGAUGAUUUCAAUGUUCUACACCAUACGUUGAUUCUCGAGAAAAAUUAUGCAUUUUUCUUAUAGAACAAUUUAAUUCCUUAA